ACUUUUGAAGACAUUCAUAUAAUUUCCUGCUCUAUGAGUUUACCAAUUUCAAUCUACCAGCACUUCAAGUGAAGCCGUGCAGGUCUGGUUGACUGUAUAACCCCAACCCAAUACAGCAGAGAACCGGUUUGGUCCGGACAGAAACUGAUUCAGUCCAAUCUGAUUUAGGUCAGCCCGGCCCUUUAGACUUCUUUCAGACUUGUUCAGGCCCGCCCAAAACCCCUUAAACCCCUGUUUUCCCCUUUCGCUCCAUUGCCUCUACCAAUUUAUCUCCUUCAACACAGGCGGAAACAAAAUUCACACUAAUCAUGGGUUUCUUCGACCUUAACAUACCCUACUACGAAUCCGACAGAAACCUCGUAAUUUUCGACAAAAAAACCCUAAAAGCCACACGUCUCAAACUCAUAAUCAAAGCAAUGGAAUUAGGUUACACAGGAAUAGCAUACAACCGUACAUUCAAAGGCGUAAUGUCCGAAUCAGACCGUUGUAGUAUCCCUUUAUUCCCUCUUUCCUCUGUUCUCAAACUCGCCCCUUCACUUUCCUCUUCCGUAGAGUUUCAUCGAAAACUCUUAAACCUCCCUAUUUCGGAACCUUUUCGUCAGUAUACGCGAUUGACUGUUUUCGUUGAUAAUGCGUCUCAGGUAUCGGCACUUAACUCGGGGAAUCCUAUUUUGAAAAGCUAUGAUAUUGUUGCUGUGAGACCCCUCAAUCAGCUUGCGUUUGAACAGGCUUGCCAGGUUUCUGAGGUGGACAUAAUUACUAUUGAUUUGUCGGAGAAGUUACCAUUUAGGUUGAAGCAAUCUAUGGUUAAAGCUGCAAUUCAGCGUGGAGUGUACUUUGAGAUUACUUACUCAAGUCUUAUUUUGGAUGCUCAAAUGAGGAGGGAAACUAUAUCUAAUGCUAAGUUGCUGGUGGAUUGGACUCGAGGGAAGAAUCUUCUCAUCUGCAGUGCUGCUCCUUCUGUAACCGAACUUAGAGGUCCGUAUGAUGUAGCGAAUUUGGCAUCUUUGCUCGGUCUCCAACUGGAAUGUGCUAAAGCAGCGCUUUCCAAAAAUUGUAGAACUGUUAUAACUAAUGCGUUAAGGAAGAAGUGUUACCACAAGGAGGCAAUUAAGGUUGAACCACUAACAUCAGGCAUCAAGGAACCUGAAUUUGAUGAUUGGUUCAAAUGGGAUCCUAUUUCUAGCGGUGAGGGUGAUUUGCUGUUAGACGACAUCAAGAAAUCUUUUUCUGUCUCCAGAAAUGCAUCAAAAGAUGUGAAAUGCAUUGAGUUUAGUUCUAUUGUGAACAACCUGCCUGCACAUGGACUCCAGAUUAAAGAUUUGAUGUUUUCAACAGUGUCUGGGCAGGUUCCUAUGGAUACAAUUGCAGAAUUAGCUUGUGUUCAGGUGGAUGAGAUGGCUCUUCCAAGUUCUGGGAUAUCACAACAACCAGGUGCUGUCAAUUCGCUGCCUCUAGAAUGUUCAAUUCUAGAAGAUGAUCCACAUAAAAACCAACAGGGUUCUGGUUCUGAAAAAGUUGGGGUUCCAUGUUUGUCCAUUGCUCCUCUAAAUGAUGCUGCUAAUUUGAAAAAAGAAGUGGAAAACGGUACGAUUGAUAAUCAGGACAUACAAUUUACAAUGAAGUUAGGUAUAAAAGGUACAUCUGGGACCAAAAUGCAUGAUUUGCAAACAGAAACUAGUUCAGUUAGUUGUCAAGGAAAUGUUGUCUUACUAGAUGGUGCGGCAAUCCACACCCGCCGAACAGAUGUUGAAGUCAGAGAAAAUAGUAUGAUUGACAAUGAGGAACUGAAAAUUGCAGAUAAGUUUGACGUGCAAGAUACUUCUGAGAACAAAAUUCAUGAUUUUCAACCUGGAACUAGUUCAGCUGGUGGUGAUGGCUAUGCUGUCUUGCCAGAGAGUGCAGCAAGCUAUAAAUGCAGAACAUAUUCUGAAGUCACUCUCUCUGCUAACUCUUCCUUGAAGGAUGUUUUUAUACUCUCAAAGGAUGAGACUUUCACUGGUUCAUAUGUUCAGCAGCUUGGGAAUAGCUUUCAUACAGACUUCCAUGAUAAAAAAGGUGCAGAUAAUGUAAUCUUGGUUGAGGCACGAGUUAAUAAUCACCCAAUGGAGAGAGAACAAUUUAGAGAGAUGAAUUCGACUACCUUAGCUGAUGGAUCAUCUAACAGUGAGCAUAGCAAUCCGAUGGAAGUUGAGGAUGAGCAUUUAGUUGUUGAGAAGGUGCCAAGGAAAAAUGUUACAGGGGGAGAGCUGAAACACACUUGCAAUAAUACUGGACUAAGUUAUCAGAUCCGGGGUGGAUCUUUGUCAGGGAAUAUGAGACGUAAGAAGUCUUAUCGGCCUUCUUUGUUUCCUUUCAAACGCUUGUUGAGUCGUAGACCUUCAACUUUCAGAGGUUGAAUCAACUUACGACUUUGUGAGGUUUGUCUGAUUGUUUAUUAUCAUUAAAGACACAAUAUUAUCAUUAUAUUCCCUCUUGAACUCUUUCUGGCCUAUGAUUCUAACUUUACUGUUGGAUGAUUAGGUCUACUUUUUGGUGUAUUGUGCAUCUUAUUUUGUAUAUGUUAUGCACUCGGAAAGUAGAAAAAGUGAUCAGUUUGAUUGAGUUGAUAUCAGGCAGUGGAACAAGAAAGCGUGUUUUCCUCCUGUCUGUGGUGUCUUAUUAUGUACAUUUUCUGCACUCGGAAAGUAGAAAAAUUGAUCAGUUUGAUUGAGUUGAUAUCAGGUAGUGGGACAAGAAAGCGUUUUUCCUCC